AUGGCCAGCGUCACCGGACGCUGGAUAAAUACCAUCGCGAUGGAGAUAAAUAAAGUCACAGAGCUACUGGAUUUGCCCCAGUUUACUGACUAUCAGACCGGCAAAGAUAACCCCAUCGGUUGUAGCAUUAAUGCUUAUCCAGACAUAAUCCUCGUGAAAAGGGGGAUUACCACGGUCCUGGUAGGAGAAUUCAAGACUCCCUGGUCCACUGACCUCAGCGACAUCAACGGCAAUACGGGCUUUCAAUCCCCAGCCCUCUAUCAUACCCAGGGCUCUCUUCCAGCCAGGGGUAAUGCUCCGCCGCGCAUUAGUGUCAUAGAGGCCUUGCUAUAUAUGGCAUAUCUGGGAGGCGGUGGCCAGCGCGAUGCUUACUAUCAUGGCCCGAAGAAGCUUUAUGCGAGUACAACCCUUGUUUUGACAUUGACCUUGCUGACUGGCUAUGCAGCGGCCAAUGUAAGCAUUCCUGGCCUUCCAGGGAACCGCGGAACAGACGAUAUGGCUCAUUCUAUUUCUUGCCAAGAAAUGACGACGCAGAUGUUUGAUUGCCGUCCCAUAGUGAAGUAG